AAGCAAAUCCCACAAGCACCCGCCUUAUAUACUUCCUCCCUCCAUCUUGGUCUUUCCCUCCUACUUCUCCUCCUACUCCUCUGUUCACUGCAAUGGCAGAGAAUGAGAUUGUGCCUGUGGAACCCAUUAUCUCGGCCUAUGAAAGAAACCAGUACAACUAUGAUGUUCCUUGUACUUCCAACACAGCUGGGGGCUCCCUCACUUUCAGGGAUGAAGAUUACGCGCCGCAGCCGUUCGAGAGUGAGAAGUUACCAGUCACCUUAGCUCGGGACAUUCAGAGGUUCCUCCGGGUUGCCAAUUUGAUCGAGCCAGAGGAGCCUCGUAUUGCUUAUCUUUGCCGGUUUCACGCGUUUGAAAUCGCACAUAACAUGGACCGUAAUUCCGAUGCCCGUGGUGUUCGGCAGUUCAAGACUUCUCUCCUGAAACGACUCGAACGUGACGAAGAAAUUACUAUAAGGAAACGAAAAGAAAAGAAUGAUAUUCGUGAGCUGAGACGCGUUUAUCAUGCAUACAAGAAUUAUAUCACGAAGCAUGAGAGAUCAUUUGACUUUGACAAUAGGGAAAAGAUUACAAAUGCAAAAAGAAUUGCUUCCGCGGUGUCCCAUGUUCUGAACACUAUUACCCGUGCAACAGGCUUACAGGGUAUAGCUGAUCAAAAUUUUUUCGGUGCAAAGUCCGACUUCUAUGUCCCGUAUAACAUUCUCCCGCUCGAUCAUGGAAGUGCUCAGCAGGCAAUUAUGCAACUCCCCGAGAUCAAGGCGGCAGUUGCAGCAGUUCAUAAUAUUCAUGGUCUGCCUUCAGCCCCUGACAUGAAGAAAGACGCGGGCUCUGUGGAUUUGCUUGAUAUUCUUCAAGGUUUCUUUGGGUUUCAGAACGGCAAUGUCGCGAAUCAGAGGGAGCAUCUUAUUCUACUCCUUGCUAAUAUUCAAAUGCGGAAAAAUCAUAAGGGGGCCCCAACCUCGAAGUCGGUGGACGUGGCAUUAGAUGAAUUGAUGAAAAAGAUCUUCAAAAAUUACACAAAUUGGUGCAAAUUUCUCAGCAAGAAAAGCAGUAUCAGGUUGCCCAUAGGGGAAGCUCAACAAUACAAACUUCUAUAUCUGGGGCUUUACCUUCUCAUAUGGGGAGAAGCUGCAAACUUGCGGUUCAUGCCUGAGUGUCUAUGUUACAUCUUUCACCACAUGGCAUACGAAUUGCAUGGUAUAUUAACUGGUGCAAUUGCCUCAACAGCAUGGGAUAAUCCCACGACAGCUUCUAGAGGAGGACCCGAAUCUUUCCUGAACAAAGUCAUUUCCCCCAUAUACCAGGUUAUUUAUGAGGAGGCAGAGAAAAGCAAGAACGGGACGGCUGAUCAUUCAACUUGGAGGAACUAUGAUGAUCUGAAUGAGUUCUUCUGGUCUCCCAAUUGUUUUGAGCUGAGUUGGCCAAUGAAUCUGGACCAUGAUUUCUUCUGUGUAAGCCCUUCAAACAAUGCUUCCUCCAAGAAACCUCAGGGGUCAGAGCAUACCAAUGAACGUGAGGGCAACAGCAAUGAUUCUUAUGAUGAAGAACUCGGGGGUACAAAGGAGGAACAUCGUGAACCUAAAUGGUUGGGGAAGACAAACUUUGUGGAGGUUCGUUCGUUUUGGCAGAUUUUCCGGAGCUUUGAUAGAAUGUGGAGCUUUUUCAUCUUAGCCCUUCAGGCAAUGAUUAUUAUGGCCUGCCAUGAUUUGGGGUCUCCAAUUCAACUUUUUGACAAGGGAAUAUUCGAGGAUGUCAUGAGCAUCUUCAUCACCUCUUCGAUCCUUAAACUUAUCCAAGCAAUAUUGGACAUUAUCUUCACAUGGAAAGCUAGAACGACCAUGAAUUCCUCUCAGAAAAGAAGACAAUACCUGAACCUCGGGGUUGCUGUAAUAUGGACAAUAAUUCUUCCUACUUGCUAUGCUACUUCUAGGAGGAAAUACACUUGCUACUCCAUGAAAUCCCGAGCAAGCUGGCUUGAAGAGCUCUGCAUCUCUCCCUAUAUGGUCGCUGUAGCAAUAUACUUGACCAGCAGUGCCAUUAAGAUGGUCUUGUUUUUUGUUCCCUCAGUUAGCAAGUACAUCGAGGUCUCAAACUGGCGUUUGUGCAUGUUACUAUCGUGGUGGGUAAAGCCGGGAUUAUUCAUUGGACGUGGGAUGCAAGAAAGUCAAGUUUCUCAGAUGAAGUACACCUUAUUCUGGAUAUUAGUCUUAUCAAGCAAAUUCUCCUUCAGCUACUUCUUCGAGAUAAAACCACUGAUUGUGCCGACUAGACAUAUAAUGGAAAUGGGUGUGGAGUAUGACUGGCACGAGUUUUUGCCAAAGGUUCAGAGUAAUGCUGGUGCAGUUAUUGCAAUAUGGGCUCCUGUAAUUGUUGUUUACUUUAUGGAUACACAAAUUUGGUACUCUGUCUUCUGUACGAUGUUCGGUGGAGUCUAUGGCAUACUGCAUCAUCUUGGAGAGAUCAGAACUUUAGGAAUGCUGAGAAGCAGAUUCCAGUCCUUGCCUUACGCGUUUAAUGCCCGCCUUGUCCCUCCACUGAAAAACGACCGAAAGGGUAGAAGAAAUGGGUUCUUUAGCAGAAGAUUUCAUAAGGCGUCCGAAACCGAGAGAAACACCCUUGCAAAGUUUGUUCUUGUGUGGAAUCAAAUAAUCAGCAAACUUCGAAUGGAGGACUUGAUAAGCAAUAGGGAGCUAGACUUGAUGAUGAUACCAACGUCGUCAGAGAUAUUAUCAGGAGUGGUCCGUUGGCCCGUUUUCCUCCUAGCAAAUAAGUUUUCUACGGCAUUGAGCAUUGCCAAAGAUUUUGUGGGGAAGGAUGAUAUCCUUUUCCGGAAGAUACGGAAAGAUAAGAAUAUGUACUAUGCUGUGAAGGAAUGCUACGAGUCAUUCAAGUACUUCCUCGAGAUCCUUGUCGUGGGAGACCUGGAGAAAAGGAUAAUAUCUUAUAUACUGGACGAAGUCGAUUUGAGCAUUGAGAAGUCGAGCCUUUUUGAGAACUUCAAGUUGAGCCCACUACCAACUCUACGAGAUAAAUGCGUUGAACUACUGGAACUUCUGCUUGGUGGGGACGAGAAGCAUCACAGCAAGGUCGUGAAAGUACUUCAAGACAUGUUUGAGCUCGUGACCUGUGAUAUGAUGGUUAAUGGUGACAGAGUUUUGGAUUUGCUCAACUACUCUAGACAACUAGAUGGUGAACAUACUUACCUCUCCGAAAGGAUGGGAAGGGAGUUGUUCGGCUCAGCUGAUGGAGAGGAUUCCAUCAAUUUUCCAUUGCCUGAUAGUGGCAUCUUGAAGGACCAGAUUAACCGCUUCUAUCUGCUUUUGACGAUCAAAGAUACAGCAAUGGACAUACCUUCUAAUCUGGAGGCUCGAAGGCGCUUGUCCUUCUUCGUUACAUCCCUUUUCAUGGACAUGCCUACUGCUCCAAAAGUUCAAAACAUGCUGUCAUUCAGUGUUUUGACUCCACAUUACAUGGAAGACAUAAACUUCUCGAUGACGGAACUCCAUUCGAGCCGAGAAGGAGUUCCCAUCAUCUUUUACAUGCAGAGGAUAUAUCCUGACGAGUGGAAAAACUUCUUGGAACGGGUGGGAUAUGAAGAUACGGAAGAAUAUAAGGAUGAGAGCCGAGAGGAGGAUUUAAGAAGUUGGGCCUCUUUCCGUGGACAGACACUAAGCAGAACGGUCAGAGGAAUCAUGUACCAUAGAGAAUCCUUGAGACUGCAAGCUUUUCUUGAGCAAUCAACGGAUCAAGAAAUCAUUGAAGGCUAUGACAGUGUUGAUAGAGAAGAUCGUGAAUUAUCUGCACAAUUAGAUGCUUUAGCAGACCUCAAAUUUACGUAUGUUGUGUCCUGUCAAAUGUUUGGGUCCCAAAAGGUUUCUGGAGACCCACAUUUCAAAGACGUACUUGAGCUAAUGAUAAGGUAUCCCUCUCUUCGUGUGGCCUAUGUUGAGGAGAAAGAAGAGAUCGUUGAAGGCAAGCCUCAAAAGGUUUAUUCAUCUAUAUUGGUUAAGGCCGUAAAUGACUUCGACCAGGAAAUUUACCGGAUAAAACUUCCUGGUCCCCCAAUAAUUGGAGAAGGGAAGCCUGAAAAUCAAAACCAUGCCAUAAUCUUCACUCGUGGCGAAGCUCUGCAAACAAUUGAUAUGAACCAAGACAACUAUCUUGAAGAAGCUAUCAAGAUGAGGAAUCUUUUGCAAGAAUUCCUUCAGCACAAUGGGCAUCGUCCUCCUACUAUACUUGGACUAAGGGAACACAUAUUCACCGGAAGCGUUUCUUCUCUUGCGUGGUUCAUGUCGUAUCAAGAGACUAGCUUUGUCACAAUCGGUCAGAGGCUCCUCGCCAAUCCCCUCAGGGUAAGAUUCCACUAUGGACAUCCUGAUAUAUUUGACAGGCUGUUUCACAUCACUAGAGGAGGCAUCGGCAAAGCAUCAAAAACGAUAAACUUGAGUGAGGAUGUGUUUGCCGGGUUCAAUUCUACUUUGCGCAGAGGGAGUAUCACGUUUCACGAGUACAUACAAGUGGGAAAAGGCCGUGAUGUGGGCCUAAAUCAGAUAUCGAAAUUUGAAGCUAAAGUAGCAAAUGGAAACAGCGAACAAACUCUAAGCCGUGAUAUAUAUCGACUUGGGCAGCAAUUUGACUUCUUUCGCAUGCUCUCUUGUUACUUUACAACCAUUGGUUUCUACUUUAGCAGUCUGAUAUCAGUUAUCGGGAUUUAUGUGUUCCUUUAUGGCCAACUUUACCUGGUUCUCAGCGGGCUAGCAAGGGCUCUCAUGCUCGAGGCAAAUGUUCAAAAUGUUCAGUCCCUUGAGACAGCUCUAGCAUCACAAUCAUUCAUCCAACUUGGACUUUUAACAGGCCUGCCGAUGGUUAUGGAGAUCGGACUAGAGAAAGGAUUCUUAAUGGCCCUGAAAGACUUUGUCCUCAUGCAGCUUCAGCUCGCUUCAGUUUUCUUCACCUUCUCCCUCGGGACGAAAACUCACUAUUUUGGUCGAACCAUCCUUCAUGGAGGAGCCAAAUACAGACCCACUGGAAGAAAAGUCGUCGUGUUCCAUGCAAGUUUCUGUGAGAACUACAGACUAUAUUCUCGAAGCCACAUUGUUAAAGGAUUUGAACUUUUACUCCUUCUGAUCAUCUAUGAUCUGUUCCGGAGGUCUUACCAGAGCAGCAUGGCGUAUGUUCUGAUCACUUACUCUGUAUGGUUCAUGUCCAUUACUUGGCUUUUUGCUCCCUUUCUGUUCAAUCCAUCGGGCUUCAGCUGGGAAAAGAUUGUUGAUGACUGGAAAGAUUGGAACAAGUGGAUUAAGGUUCAAGGAGGAAUCGGAGUUCAGCCUGAUAAGAGUUGGCAGUCAUGGUGGGACGAGGAACAAGCCCAUAUCCGCCGCUCAGGUUUGAGUGCUCGGUUAAUUGAAAUUCUUCUCUCCCUGAGAUUCUUCCUGUAUCAGUAUGGCCUGGUAUAUCAUCUUGACAUCUCUCAGAAGAGCAAGAACUUCCUCGUAUAUGUGCUUUCUUGGAUAGUCCUACUUGCAAUAUUCCUAUUAGUCAAGGCAGUGAAUAUGGGGAGGCAACAGUUCAGUGCAACUUACCAUCUCGUGUUUCGGCUUUUCAAAGUGUUCCUCUUCCUCGGCGUUCUGUCCAUUAUAGUCUCUCUCUCCGGUGUCUGCAAAUUAUCGGUGAAGGACAUUAUAGUCUGCUGUCUUGCAUUUUUGCCGACUGGGUGGGGGCUCAUAUUGAUUGCACAAGCUGUGAGGCCCAAAAUUGAGAAUACGGGAUUAUGGGAUUUUGCGCGGGUCCUUGCCCGAGCAUAUGACUAUGGAAUGGGAGUCAUCUUGUUUGCCCCGGUGGCUUGUUUGGCAUGGCUUCCAAUUAUAUCAGCUUUCCAGACCCGCUUCCUUUUCAAUGAAGCCUUCAAUCGAAGACUGCAGAUUCAGUCAAUUCUUGCAGGAAAAACUAAAAAACAGCAUCAAGGAUAGGCCGGAAAAUAUGAGAAUAUCUUCUGUAUAUGGUAUAUAAUUUAUUCUUUCCUGACAACCUAGAGAAUCCGAAAGUGUGUAUAGGAUGACAAUCAUUUUCUUGGGGUAAAUGACAUUAGCCAAAGCAAGCCUUGAGGUGACCAUCACCAAGUAACUCUGUAAUUUCGAUAGCACAUUAUUCAUUAUGCAAAGUGUAAGUCGAGAACAGUAAUGAUUCUAUCAA